AGUUACAUAAACCAAUAACACAUUGCCACUUCAAUGAAAAUCAAGAUCAACCGUUCGAUUAUCCACGUACGCACCCAAGAACCAAUCAAUGGUGACACCCUCUAAGACACGUGACCACCCUACUCCUUCCUUACGUUCUCAUUCUUCACUCUACUUUAUAAUCAAAUCUAAACCUCUGCAAUCUGCAUAAUUUCAGUGAGACUGUGUUUUCUCUUGUCGAAAGUACUAGAACAAUGAAGAAAUGGACUUUAGCGUCCGCCAUUUUUCUCUUGUGCCUUCUUUUUCUUUUUCCAGAUCAAGGUAGAAGAAUUCAGGCAAAUGCUGAAGGCGAUUCGGACGAACUAGCGAACCCACCUAAGGUAGAGGAGAAGCUUGGAGCUGUUCCUAAUGGUUUAUCAACUGAUUCUGAUGUUGUUAAAAGGGAAUCGGAAUCCAUGUCAAAGAAGACACUUCGCAACAGUGCGGAGAAAUUCGAGUUUCAGGCUGAAGUGUCUCGGCUUAUGGACAUCAUCAUUAACUCUCUUUACAGUAACAAGGACAUUUUCUUGCGGGAGCUUAUCUCCAAUGCCUCAGAUGCAUUGGAUAAAAUUAGGUUUUUAUCACUCACUGAUAAAGAGGUUCUAGGUGAAGGUGACAAUGCCAAACUUGAAAUUUUGAUUAAAUUGGAUAAAGAGAAGAAAAUCCUUACGAUUCGGGAUAGAGGUAUAGGAAUGACAAAGGAGGACCUUAUCAAAAACCUUGGAACAAUCGCAAAAUCCGGCACUUCAGCCUUUGUCGAGAAAAUGCAGACAAGUGGAGAUCUUAACUUGAUUGGACAGUUUGGAGUUGGGUUUUACUCUGUGUACCUUGUUGCUGAUUACGUUGAAGUUAUCAGCAAACACAAUGAUGACAAACAACAUGUUUGGGAAUCAAAGGCAGAUGGACAAUUUGCAAUUUCUGAGGACACUUGGAAUGAACCUUUAGGUCGUGGUACUGAGAUAAGGUUGCAUCUCCGAGAAGAAGCUGGAGAAUACUUAGAGGAAGCCAAAUUAAAGGAUUUGGUGAAGAGAUAUUCGGAAUUCAUUAAUUUCCCCAUAUAUCUUUGGGCAACCAAAGAAGUUGAAACGGAGGUUCCAGCAGAUGAUGACGAGUCUAGCGAUUCAAGCGAUGAAGAGGAAAUCUCGGAGAAAUCUGAGGAAGAAAGUGAAGAGAAGGAAGAUGAUGAAACAGAGAAGGAACCAAAAACUAAGACGGUCAAAGAAACAACCUACGAAUGGGAACUCUUGAAUGAUGUGAAGGCUAUAUGGCUACGUAACCCAAAGGAAGUUACCGAUGAAGAAUACAGCAAAUUCUAUCAUUCCUUGGCUAAGGACUUUGGCGAUGAAAAUCCAAUGUCAUGGAGCCACUUUACUGCUGAAGGGGACGUUGAGUUCAAGGCUGUUCUCUUUGUUCCUCCGAAAGCUCCUCACGAUUUGUAUGAGAGCUACUACAACGACAACAAAGCCAAUAUCAAGUUAUACGUUAGGCGUGUGUUCAUCUCUGAUGAGUUUGAUGAGCUUUUACCCAAAUAUCUCAACUUCUUGAGGGGUCUUGUUGAUUCCGACACACUGCCAUUGAAUGUCUCUCGAGAAAUGCUUCAACAGCACAGUAGCUUAAAAACUAUCAAGAAGAAGCUGAUUAGGAAAGCCCUUGACAUGAUUCGCAAGAUUGCUGAUGAGGAUCCUGAUGAAAAUGAUGGCAAGGAAAAGAAGGAUGUCGAGAAGGCUUCGGACGAUGAGAAGAAGGGUCAGUACGCAAAGUUCUGGAACGAAUUUGGCAAGUCAAUCAAACUUGGAAUUAUUGAGGAUGCUGCCAACAGGAACCGUCUGGCCAAGCUUCUAAGAGUUGAAACUACAAAAUCUGGUGGCAAAUUAACUUCCCUUGAUCAGUACAUCUCAAGAAUGAAAUCAGGGCAAAAGGAUAUCUUCUACAUAACAGGUACAAGCAAGGAGCAGUUGGAAAAAUCUCCAUUCCUUGAAAGGCUUACGAAGAAAGGUUAUGAGGUCAUUUUUUUCACUGAUCCCGUGGAUGAGUAUCUGAUGCAAUACCUAAUGGAUUAUGAAGACAAGAAGUUCCAAAACGUUUCAAAGGAGGGUCUUAAACUCGGAAAGGACUCGAAAGACAAGGAGCUCAAGGAGUCUUACAAGGAGCUGACUAAGUGGUGGAAAGGUGCUCUUGCGCUUGACAAGGUAGAUGAUGUAAAGAUAAGCAACCGUUUAGCAGACACGCCUUGUGUUGUUGUUACAUCGAAAUUUGGGUGGAGUGCAAACAUGGAAAGAAUUAUGCAAUCACAAACACUCAGCGAUGCAAAUAAGCAGGCGUACAUGAAGGGUAAGAGGGUCCUCGAGAUUAACCCUAGACACCCCAUCAUUAAAGAGCUUCGUGAGAGAGUUGCGACUGAUCCAGAGGAUGACAGCGUCAAGCAAACAGCACGACUCAUGUACCAGACAGCUCUAUUCGAGAGUGGGUUCCUCCUAGACGACCCCAAGGAUUUUGCUUCACGCGUGUAUGAUUCCGUGAAGACUAGCCUCAGCAUCAGUCCUGAUGCAACAGUUGAGGAAGAAGACGAUGCAGAGGAGGUAGAAUCCGAAACAAAGGAUGAUUCUUCAUCCAAGGCCGAAGCUGAAGUUGAUGGUGUGAAGGAUGAACUAUAAUCAUAGCAUGAAAAUGACCCGAUUUAUCGUCUCAUGGUUUUCGUAAACUUACAUCUCGAGAAUAGCUGUUAUUGUGUCAUUGCGUGUGAAGUCCAAGUAAGAAAAAUCAUUAGAUUUGUAAACAUGAUUAAACAAAAUUUUGCUUCUACCAAUCAUACGUUUUAGUAGAGGUAGAUUAGAGUGUUUUGGGAUUCAUAGUGUCAUCUGUGUUUUGAGGCUUUGCUUAUUUUCUGAUCGGGAGCGAUCCUAAUUUGAUUCGAUUAAGGGCUAGAAUUGAAUCUCUAGAAUGGAAUUGUAGGAUCAUAUGAACUUAAUACAUUUCGUUUUUAGUUAUAAGUAUUUAUUUCAAAA